AUGAAGGAGGAGCCUAGUCUAUUUGAGGCGGGAUGCCCAAGAAUAGAAGUAGCCAUAUGCCGAAAAUCGUCUUCUGUGAUGUCAGGGAGAAAUCGUCUGCUCACUUGCGACAAGAGGGCAUUCUCUGCCAUUGAUUCUAGCACAACCGAUUCGAUGUCAAAGGACAAAGGAAAGGCGACAAAAGCUCUUAUUCCAACAAGCCCAGAAAAGAAAGAGGAGAAAUUGGCUUCAUUCUUACCGAUGAUAUUACCAGUUAUUCCGACAACAGCUUAUGAUAUCACCCUCGGGUCACUCCCUAAAGAGUGA